AUGCCCCUCAGCCCUGUCCGGCCCCUCAGCCCUGUCCGGCCCCUCAGGCCGGUCCCAUCCCACAGCCACGUCCCUCAGCCCGGCUCCUCAGCCUUGUCCGGUCCCUCAGCCAGGUCCCCUGUCUCCCAUCCCUCAGCCCAGUCUCUCAGCCCCGUCCGCCAUUCCUCAGCCCUGUGCCUUGUCCUUCAGCACUGUCCCUCAGCCCUGUCCCCCUGUCCCUCAGUACUGCCCUUCAGCACUGAUCCCCGUCCCUCAGCCCUUUCCCUCAGCCUUGUCCCCUGUUCCUCAGCCCUGUCCUCCGUCCCUCAGCCCGGUCUCUCAGCCCUGUCCCUCAGCCCUGUUCCCCGUCCCUCAGUCCAGUCUCUCAGGCCUGUCCCCUGUCCCUCAGCCCGGUUUCUCAACCCUGUCCGCCAUCCCUCAGCCCUGUCCGCAUCCCUCGGCAUUGUCCCUCAGCCCUGUCCCUCAGCCCUGUGCGUCAUCCCUCGGCACUGUCCCUCAGCCCUGUCCGCCAUCCCUCGGCAUUGUCCCUCAGCCCUGUCCCCCGUCCCUCAGCCCGACCCCCGGUCCCUCAGCCCUAUCCCCCAUCCCUCAGUCCGGCCCCGGCCCCCCGAGGGUCAGACCCGGCCCGCGGGGUCGCCCCGCCCAGCGCGCACGGGCCAGGCCCUCAGGCGCCACCUGGCGACGCUGGGGCGACCCGUCCCUCAUGAGGGGCGGCCGUGCCCGGUGACAGCGAUGGAUAAAGCGGGCGGCAAAUGGGGGUCCCGAGCAUCGCAGAGCGUGUCCGGGCCUUCCCGAGGGACGGGGAAAGGCCAGAAGGGGGUCUGA